CCACAUGCCGCCGCACCAGGGUCCUGGCACAUUGCUCCUCAGAGCCCCCCAGGUCCCCCAUGGCCACGGCUGGAGGUGUCUGCUCCCACCCCAGGCAGGGUGAUGUGGGUGACGCAGAACCCUGUCCCAUCUGUGGCGUUCCCGGGCAAAGGGUGCUGAUAAGGUGGCCGGGGUGGAGCUGGCAGAGUUGUUCCCAAGGCCAGGAAGGGUCAGCGGGAAGGAGCAGAGGCAGCAGGGAGGCAGGGGCACCGCCAGCCCCUGGCUGCCAGGUACCGCCGGGCACCGUCUGGCAGCGCCAAGCACGCAGAGCACAGGCACAGCCCUCGGAAGCGUGGACACAGCUGUCUCGGUCCCGGGCGGCUCGGGAUGGCGGCGCUGCCCGCGCUGGCGCUCCCGGUGCUGGCGGCGCUGCUGCUCUCGGCGGCGCAGGAGCCGGUCCCGCGGGUCAGCCUGCCCUACGACUCGGCCGAGCGGGUCGUGCAGCAGUUCGAGGUGCCCGGUGUGUCCAACUACACAGCCCUGCUGCUGAGCCCGGACGGUGGCACCCUCUACCUAGGUGCACGUGAGCUCCUCAUCGCCGUCAACACCAGCCACUUCCAGCCCAGGGCACCAGCUCGCAGGCUGCCGUGGAGCGCAGAUGAAGAGAAGAAGAGGCAGUGUGUGUUCAAGGGCAAGGACCUGCAGAGGGACUGUCACAACUACAUCAAGAUGCUGCUGCAGCUGAACAGCACCCAUCUCUACACCUGCGGGACCUGCGCCUUCAGCCCAGCCUGCGCCUACAUCAAUGUGCAGCACUUCAGCCUGGAGCGGGAUGCGUCAGGGAAGGUGUUGCUGGAGGAUGGGAAGGGGCGCUGCCCCUUUGAUCCUGAGUACCGGUCCACAGCCGUCAUGGUUGACGGCGAGCUCUACGCUGGGACUGUCAGCAACUUCCAGGGCAAUGAGCCGACCAUUUACCGCAGCCAGGAGAGCCGUAUCACCCUCAAGACAGAAAACUCCCUCAACUGGCUGCAGGACCCAGUAUUCGUGGGCUCAGCCUACCUGCGGGAGAGCCUGCCCGCCGGCAACCCCGAUGGCGAUGAUGACAAAGUCUACUUCUUCUUCAGCGAGACCGGCAAGGAGUUUGACUACUUUGAGAACACCAUCGUCUCCCGCAUUGCACGCGUGUGCAAGGGCGACCAGGGUGGGGAGCGUGUGCUGCAGCGGCGGUGGACGACCUUCCUGAAGGCGCAGCUGCUCUGCUCGCACCCAGAGGAUGGCUUCCCCUUCAAUGUGCUGCAGGACGUCUUCGUGCUCACCCCGGGGGAGCUGCACUGGAGGGACACGCUCUUCUAUGGGGUCUUCACCUCGCAGUGGAACAAGGGUGGCCUGGGGAGCUCGGCCGUGUGCGCCUUCCCCAUGCACAGCGUGCAGCGAGCCUUCGGCGGGCUCUACAAGGAAGUGAACCGCGAGACACAGCAGUGGUACACAGACACCAGCCCUGUGCCGGAGCCCCGACCGGGCACGUGCAUCACCAGCCACACACGACACCUGAAGAUCAACUCGUCCCUCCAGAUGCCGGACCGGGUGCUGAACUUCAUCAAGGACCACUUUCUGAUGGACAGCCCCGUGCGCAGCCAGCCACUGCUGCUGCAGAGCCGCCUGCGCUACCAGCAGAUCGGCGUCCACCGCGCACAGGGCCUCCAUGGCACCUACGACAUCCUCUUCCUGGGCACGGACGAUGGCCGGUUGCACAAGGCUGUGCGCGUGAACCACAGGGUGCACAUCAUCGAGGAGAUCCGGCUCUUCCCUGCCAGCCAGCCCGUUCUCCAGCUGCUGCUGGACAAGGACCAGGGCCUGGUCUACGCAGCCACCUACACGGCGGUGGCUCAGGUCCCCUUUGCGAACUGCAGCCUGUACCGCAGCUGUGGUGAGUGCGUGCUGGCGCGGGACCCUUUCUGUGCCUGGAGCCGGGGUGCCUGCCGCAGGGUCACCCUGCACCCUCCCACGCAUCCCCAGUUCUGGGCGCAGGACAUCGAGUACGCGGACACUGAGCGGCUCUGCCAGCCAGACAAUGCCUCCCAGCCCCGUCCCCGCAUCCUCCUGCCCCCAGCCUCCAGUGCCCCGUGCCAAUGGAUCCAGCUGCUGCCCAACGCGGUGCGGCCGCUGCCGUGCCGGCUGCUCUCCAACCUGGCCUCACGGCGCUGGCUGCACGACGGGGCGCCCGUCAACGCCUCCUACCUGGUGCUGCCUGACGGGGCCCUCAUCCUGGUGGGCAGUCCAGAGCGGGCAGGCACCUACGAGUGCUGGUCACUGGAGGAGGGCUUCCAUAAGCUGAUGGCCAGCUACUGCGUGAGCGUGCAAGAGCUGGCCCAUGGGCCACCGGACCCCAGCAGGAAGGUGGUUGCUGGCCGGGACACCCUGGAGACCGUCAGCACGUCCCGGAGCACCUCGGCUGUGGGCAGCACUGCGGCACGGCUGGACGGCAAGACCUACUGGACUGAGUUCCUGGUGAUGUGCGUGCUCUUUGCUGCUGCCGUCCUCGUGCUGGCCCUCUUCCUCCUGCACCGGCACCGUGACGGCAUGAAAGCCUUGCUGGAACCGAGUGACCCCGUCCGGCACCAGAAGCCGCCCCGCAAGCCGGUGGAGAGCCUGCCCCUGAACGGCAGCAGUCUGCCCAGCGCCGUGCCUGAGCACAAGGGCUACCAGGCCCUGCAGGACAACUACAUCGUCAGCACCCCUGUGCACGAGCCCCCGGGUCCCCCGCAUGUCUUCUCCGAGUCGGAGAAGAGGCCCCUCCACGUCCGGGACAGCUUUGUGGAGGUGUCUCCCACCUGCCAAAGACCCCGGGUCCGCCUGGGCUCCGAGAUCCAGGACUCGGUGGUGUGACAGGGAUGAGAGCCAAGCCCUCACCCACCACCACCUCUGCUCUUCUGAGCCUCGCCGGACCGCGGCAUCGCGGCUGGGAUCCGUGUUGUCUGUGUGUGCAUGCCCGGAGCCCGCGCCCUGCUGCGGCUCCCCCCGGCUGGUGGGGCCGGCCCCAUGUUAUCCUGUCAGGGCUCUGCUCCCUGGGCAUUGCCUCGGCUACUCCGCUCCUUGGGAUGGUGCUGGAAGCUCUCGGUGUGAGGGGUGCUGCGUGCCUUGCAGAGACAUGCAGGACUUUUCCCCCAGCUGUGGGGACAGACACGGUGCCUGGCUCAGCCUGCUGGUGCACCGCCAGCUCCGCGAGACCCCGGCCCCCUCUAUGCAGAGGGCAGGAGGGGGCAGCCGCAGCCGCCUCGUGCCCCGACUCACUGUGAUGCUCCGCUGCAGGACCCAGAGCCACGCGUGCGGCCGGGCGGUGCCGGCGCAGCGAUGCCGUGGCAUGUGCUGUGUGUCUGUGCUUGGUUCAUUUCUAAUACGUUGAAAAUGUGAAUCAUGUCCUGGGAGGGAGCGGGGAGUGGCCCCGCGGCCCCACGUGCGUGUGCAGAAACGUCUGUGGUUUUUAUAUAAAGUCCAGGUGUCUCC